UUUCUCCGCGGCCACGCAGCGCGAUGAGGAGCAGCGCCGAGGCGAAGCCAUGCGCGCCGGGACCGCCUGCCUGCUGCGACUCUCCGCGCUCUGCAUCAUCCUGCUCUCCCACGCAGCAGCAGCUUACUUCGGGCUCACGGGCCAGGAGCCCUUGGCUUUUUUGUCGAGCCCGUACAGCAGCGAGGCCGCAGGUGCGAAAGCGCACGUGAAACAGUGCGAGCAGAUGACGCUGACGCGGCGCCAGAAGCGCGCGUGCCGCCGCGAGCCGGGCCUGGCGGAGACGCUGCGGGAGUCGGUGCGCCUCAGCCUGAUGGAGUGCCGCUACCAGUUCCGCAAUGAGCGCUGGAACUGCAGCAUGGACGGCCGGGGAAGCCUCCUGAAGCGAGCUUUCAAGGAGACGGCCUUCCUCCUGGCAGUGUCCUCAGCAGCUCUGUCACACACACUGGCCAAAGCGUGCAGUUCGGGCCGUAUGGAGCGCUGCACAUGUGACGACACUCCGGGUCUGCAGCAGCGUGAAGCAUGGCAGUGGGGAGUGUGUGGAGACAACCUGAAGUACAGCACCAGGUUCCUCAAGAAGUUCCUGGGCCAGAAACGGGUUAGCAAGGACCUGCGGGCUCAGGUCGAUGCACAUAAUAUAAACGCCGGCAUCCGGGCUGUAAAGAACGGGCUGGUGACGACCUGCAAGUGUCACGGGGUCUCCGGCUCUUGUGCAGUACGCACAUGCUGGAAACAGCUCUCGCCGUUUUAUGUGACAGGCCAGCUGCUAAAGUAUCGCUAUGACACGGCCGUGCGCGCCCUCAGCAUCACUAAUGCAGCUACUGGUGACACCGAGCUGGCUGGUCCAGCACGCCGAGGUGACACGACUCCUCGGCCUCACCCCUCCGAGCUGGUGUUCCUAGAAGAGUCGCCUAGCUUCUGCCGCCCGUCUCGGUACUCACCCGGUACAGCCGGCCGCUCCUGCGCCAAGGACACGAGCUGCAGCAGCCUUUGUUGCGGACGCGGCUACAACACAGCACUGCGCCUUGUCACACUGUCCUGCAACUGCCAGGUACGGUGGUGCUGCCACGUCGAGUGCCAGACCUGUGUCCGCGAAGAGGAGGUAUACACGUGCAAGAAGCACUGAGAGAAAUAGAAAGAGAGUAAAGAGAAAAGGAGCUCCAAAUGGCUCCAGUGGCUCAAUAUUCCUCCAAUUCUGGCCUCUCAGACAAGUGUGGGCAAAGUUGGACAAAACCCCCCAAGGUAUGGCUGUCCGAAAUAGGAGUUGUGCUCCUGCUGUCAUGGAAGAAAAAGGAACAUUGUGGGAAUUCCAUGACUCUCACCCCCUUAGGUUGCUUCAAGCAAGAAAAGAGCCACUAAUGGAGGUCUUAACAGGACUGAUCUCCUCUUCUCUGAAUGCACUGAAAUUAAAUUUUGGUUUUCUGAGAGCUCCAUCAUGAGCAGGUGCCAUGAACCUUUUUGGGGGAUUCAACUUAGAGGGACUGAAGUGGAUCUGGAAGAUAUGGCAAACUUUAUAGACAGUUGAUCCAUCCAGUCAUUUACCUGUGUAUCUGUAUGUCAGUCUGUCUGCCUGUCUGCCUUCCUGCCUGCAUAAAAAAAAAAAAAAAAAAAAAAACGCAAGGGUCAAAUAUUAUGCUGAUAUGAAGCACUUAAAUUUGUCAUGUGAUUAUUGUGUCAGUCAUGUGAUUGGUAAGAAGAAAAUGUAUCUAAAUGUUAAUUAAAUUCCAUUGUGAUGUGAUGUAACGCAAUAAGUGCAAGGUAAAGUCAUCAGAAAUACUGGAAGCCGGAAAGCUGAUCGAAUUAUGCAACAUAUACUGUAUCACAUUCUUAAAAAAACAAACCAAAAAAAUCAUCAUGAAUCAAAUAUUUGAGACAACCCACCACUGUACAUUAUUCUUGUUCUUAAGUGUUCAGAAAUCCUAUAAUAAGCAACCCGACACACAGCAGAGCACUCCAGUACGUUAAUAGUGUGUGGUCAAGAUUUCCAACAGCUGUGUAAAAUUUGUAAAACAGCUGCUCACUUAUUGUAGUAUCUUUAUACUGCACUUUGCCAUCAAGGACAAAUGAGGACCUCAUUCCCAGAACAAAGAUCACCCCCAUCACAUUCCCUUCAUAGCCUACUCCAGCUUCAUCCGAGGCUCUUUCAUGUCUGCAAAGUCUUUGAAAUGGCUCAUUCCACCCCCUUAUUAUCUUCUCUAUUACCAAUCAGAGGAAAUAACAGCUCUUAAACUCUCGAAGCUCUGCGUUUGUGUUGGUCUAAAGGUCACACACGGACUGCACAGCAAGUCUUAGUCACACAGCCUUAAUAUUUGUUGUGUUUUGUAUUAUAAAUACAUCAAAAAUCUCCAAAUUAUUAUGCAAAUCCAUAGUACAGCCUGAGUGGUACUGCAUGAGACUGGACGUUCGCUAAGUUUUACUAGUUAUCAUGAACAUACUGUAUAAUAUAGAAAUUCAUAUGCAGUUACCUGCAGUUACAUAUUAUCAAACUGAAAGCUGGAGUCUG